AAACAACCCAAGCACCAUUUAAAAAGGUCCCGCCCAAGUAUCCCAACAGAGGAAGACAGGAGGACGACCGCAGGGGACACGUAGUUACUCAGAUCAUUCCUACUUUCAAGUAAGACCUGACAAUGCGAGCCAUCAUUCCACUGUUGGUGCUGAUAGUCGGCGUGGCCGUGAUGAAGACACGGGCAAAAAACACAACAACAAAUGGAACAUUACCUUUGGUAACAGGUUCAUCACCGACCGGGUCAACUACUCCAAAGAGCGGGGGUACAACGCCCUCCAAAGGCACGCCCAGCGCUGUGACGUCAUCGACCAUUGGGAUAGUUCUCUCCUUUGGGAGUGUGGCCAUUGUUAGACAAGUGCUGUAGACCGUCCUUCUUCAGGCAGUCCAAGGAAUAUACUUAUCUCAAAAACGGGAUCGUCAGAAGUGUAAAAAUGCCAUUUCGGAUCUAAAUUUCUCUGACAUUCUAUAUUGACCCUCUACAUGUCUAUGUAUAAAUCUUUUAAACAUUCACCUUUUUCGGAUACAGUUUUGGUAAUAUAGGUAUUUUCCUAGCGAGACAACACCGGGUACAAGUAACACCAAACUGUUUCAGUUAUAUUCCUAUUUUCAUACUUUCCUAUUCCAAAUUAUACAUGAUUAAGAAUUCCAACGAAGCCAUUGCUACUUGUGACCCCACUUCGACAAACUACAGGUAGAACCUGUUUGUAUAGUAGGUUUAUAAGUAGCUCUCUUGUGGCAAUGACUUGGGUUCGCGUGAUCACACGUUGUAACGUGGCGAUUGACCACAGAUUAAGAUGUAACCAUUGUAUCUCGAAUGAUCUUGUGAUGUCACACUGGUUCUGUUCUGUAAAAAGAGAGAGACGUUUUUACAAUAAAACAGUUUCUGUUCUGUAAUACAA